CUUGCUACUCUACCAAAAUUGCGCCAUUCGACGACCAAAACACGAUGGGUGUGCACUACGCCAAGCGAAAGGAGUCCGUCCUCGAGAAGGUCGGGCUCCGCACUGAAUACGUUGCUAUCGACGUGGACGAUGGCACGAUGACGUGGCUCAACUCGCAGCGCACCUUUGCCCUCACCGACAUUGUCGCCGCGUCAUGGACCCAGGACCGCCUCGUGAAGCUCCGCAUCGAGACCCUGGACGACUCAAGUAGUAGUAGCAGCAGCAGCUUUCGCUUUCAGUUUGAUGACGACCACGACCUCGAUGCGUUCAUGGCCGACGUCGGUAUCCACGCAUCGUCGCCGAGCCGCGGGUCCUUUAGCACCCGCCGUCGAAGCUCAUGUGGGCGCCAAAGCCUCCUCGCGCUGCUCUCGUCCAAAUCCUAGAGUUCGUUCGUUCGUGCACGCUCAUUUCUUAAUGCUAGUAUUCUUAUGCCACAUGUCGUG